CAGAGCAGCGAUUCCACUGACUGGCUGCACGGCCAGUUCAGCGUACCAGAGACCGAGAAGUACCAGAUUUUGAUUGAAGGUGUUGUGGGUGGGAGUUACCAAGGAGACAUUGCCAUCGACGACUUGCUGUUUGCAGAUGGUGACUGUGCAGUCAUGCCAAGCAAAGCUGAUCCGAGCAUUUAUGCCGGUAACGUCUCCUGUGACUUCGAGACCCCGCUCUGUUCCUGGAACGACGACCCAUCAGGCGAUUUUCUCUGGACGCGAAAAAGAGGCAGCACACCAUCUUCUGGCACGGGGCCCAGUGGGGAUCACACUACAGGAAACGGCUAUUACGUCUACAUCGAGUCUUCCGGCCGCAGCCAGGGUGACCGAGCACGGCUGAUAUCCGGCGAAAUCACGCCGCCCAGCCCUGCCCAAGCCAUCUGCCUGGAGUUUCACUACCACAUGUUUGGCACAAGCGUCGGCACCCUCAACCUGUUCUCCCGGUUGGGCACCACAGACACAGCCCUGUGGAGUCGUACUGGUACACAGAGUGGGAACCGAUGGCACCGGGCAGAGCUCACCAUCACCAUGUCAACCAAAUACAAACUUGUUCUGGAAGGUAUCCGUGGCAACACCUACUCCAGUGACAUUGCCGUGGAUGACAUACUGUACACGGAGGCGGAUUGCCCGCCAAGACGGGUUUGCACCGUGGAAUUGGACAGUUGCGGACUGAUACAGGACAAAAAUGACGAUUUUGAUUGGUCGAGAGUCCAGGCUUCUGCGCUGGCAACAUCCUCCGGCCCACAUGAGGACAAGUCGACAGGAACAGCAAACGGUUAUGUUAUGUAUCUCGACCCCACCCAGGGAAGCGUCAACCAACGCGCCGUCAUGUACACCUCCCAGUUUGACCCCAACUCCUUUGGCGAGUGUGCCACCUUCUGGUACCACAUGCACGGCCAGAACGCCGGCACCCUGACUGUCACGGAGGAUGCCACCAGCACCGUCGUGUUCACCAAGACCGGGAACCAGGGAAACAUGUGGCGGUUCGGCGCGGCCUCCAUACCGCCCACGACGAAAAAGUACCGAAUUCUGAUUGAAGGCAAGCACGGUGCUGGAAGUGUUGAUCACAUCGCUCUGGAUAACUUUGACAUCCGCGUUGGCCCUUGCGACCCAGUAGGUUAUUGCGACUUUGAGAGAAACAUGUGCGGCUGGACCAACGAACUGCAGAAGGACGACUUUGACUGGGUUCGAACCAGGGGCCAGGAUGCCACGCAUUGGCUGUCACCCCCACAGGACCACACCACGCUGACUGACAAAGGUUUCUACAUGCUGAUAGAAGGCACGCUGUUCCCGAGCGGGAAGAAGGCGUGGCUUGUCAGCGAGCACCUGCCGCAGGCCGACCCAGCCUGCCUGACAUUCUGGCUGUACAUGCAUGGCACCGGCGCUGGCACCAUCAAUAUUUACAUGAUGAACCCAGCCUCUGGCACCAUGCAGAAGAAGUUCAGCUCGACUGGCGACCGGGGCAGCUUCUGGCACGAGGUGCAGGUGGAUGUGGCCAGCGGCAUCGAGCAUCAGGUCGUGAUGGAGGUCAUCGAGGGCACCAACAAUAAUGCCACAGUCGCCAUUGAUGACGUGGCCUUCGACCAGGUGCAGUGCAAAGUUGGCAGCGCGUUCGACUGCGACUUUGAGGCAGAUCUCUGCGGCUUCACUCAGCCAAUCGACGACGAUUUUGAUUGGACCAGAGCCCAGAAAACCCCUUCCUCGAGCACUGGGCCGAGCACUGAUCACACACUGGGAUCAGGCGCUGGUUACUUCAUCUACAUCGAGGCAUCCUUCCCCCGCCAGGCGGGCGACAAGGCCUGGUUGGUCAGUCCCAACGUCCCUCAGCAGACGGCCUCCCGCUGCCUGGACUUCUGGUACCACAUGUACGGCGAUGACAUCGACACGUUCAAUGUGUACGCCAACACCACCAGCACAGGGCUGGGCGUGCCCAUCCUGAAGCGGGUGGGCACGCGGGAGGACAAGUGGUACCGGGCGCAGGUGGAGAUCGUCAGGUCCUCGGAGGACUUCCAGUACGUGUUCGAAGGAAUUGUGGGUAACAGCUACGAGGGUGACCAGGCUCUUGACGACAUUCGGGUGUACGAUGGCGAAUGUGAAGCCACCCACUUCUGCGAGUUCCAAGACCCUAACCUCUGCGGCUACAAGCAAGACACCAAGGAUGAUUUUGACUGGACACACAACAAGGGACCAACCCCAUCAUUCUACACGGGUCCCACCGCCGACUACUCUUACGGAACACCUGAGGGUUACUACAUGUACAUCGAGUGCAGUCCCCCUAGGCCCAACGACAUAGCCAGGCUGAUCAGCCCGGUGUUCGUUCCUGACCAGAGCACCAAGGACGCCUGCUGGACGUUCUUCUUCCACAUGUAUGGCGCCGACAUCGGCACCCUCAAAGUCUUGAUGCGCGACCAGAACCUGCAGGACACGACCAUCUUCACGGCUUCCGGGGACAACUACGGCGACCGAUGGCUGCUGGGAAGGGCUACAGUCACUAGCAAAACUGCCUACCAGAUUGUGUUUGAAGCCACGGCCGGGUCGGGCUACAUGAGCGACAUCGCCAUCGACCACGUGGGCUACAAGGCCGGCGUCUGCCCCGAGAAGGGCUCUUGCGACUUCGAGGACAACAUCUGCACGUGGACCAACAGCCAGGAUGACGAAUUUGAUUGGCUGCGGCUCUCGGACAGCACCUGGAGUUCUUACACCGGCCCCAGCGAGGAUCACACCUGUUACUAUAUGUACAUCGAGACCAGCUCACCCCGCACCAGCGGCGACUAUGCCUACCUGGAGAGCGAGGUCUUCCCCAAGUCUCCGCUCACCGGCUCCUGCAUGUCCUUCUGGUACCACAUGUACGGAUCGGACAUCGGCGAGAUGCUGAUCUUUUCCCGAGGGCGUGGGAACAACUCCCGACUGGAGGAGUCGCUGUGGUACCUCCAAAAAGAACAGAGCGUCAACAGCACCGACUGGAAGUUUGGUCAAGUCGGCCUGUACUUCAACUACGACUAUCAGAUCACCUUCGAAGGUGUCGUGGGGACGAGCUUCCUUGGCGACAUUGCCAUUGAUGACAUCAGUUUCUCGCACACCGGAUUCUGCCAGUUCCAGCCUAGGACGGCCGAUCCAGCCACCCUGGCGCGCAACAUCUCCUGCAACUUUGAGAAGAACACGUGCCGCUGGGUGCAGGACAAGUCCGAUGACCUGAACUGGAUCCGCCAAUCCGGGCCAACAUUCGGAUGGGACACGGGACCAAACGGUGACCACACCACGGGCCAAGGUUAUUACCUGUUGUUGGACGCUUGGAGUGGCGCCCUUGGCUCCAACGAAGUGGGCCGCAUCACUUCACGGACCAUAAACCCCACGUCGCUGACAGGCGGCUGCUUGACCUGGUGGUACCACAUGGCCGGCCGGGACAUGGGCACCAUGAGCAUGUACCUCAACGACCUCACCCUGCAGUCGAUCAUCAAGCUGUGGUCACGCUCAGGCGACCAGUCCGGCGACUGGCUCAUGUUCCAGAGGACCAUUAAGAGCGGCAAUAAGUUUACGAUAACGUUUGAAGGGACAAUGGGGUCCUUCUGGGCCAGCGACAUGGCCCUCGAUGACAUCUCCUUCAAUGAGGGAAGUUGCCCUCCAACGAAGUGGUGCGAUUUCGAAGUCGACAUGUGCGACUGGAUUCAGGCGGUGACCGACGACUUUGAUUGGGAGCGGAAGCGCGGCGAUGAAGUGCAUUCUGGGACUAUCCUACCACUGCCCGACAAGACCUUUGAAACAGCCACAGGUCACUUUGCCUACCUCAGCGAGAAGCCGCCCCGGGUCAAGGGUGACCAGGCCAUCAUGUACAACUCCCACUACCCGGCCACGCCCACUGGCGAGUGCCUCCACUUCUGGUACCACUUGCACGGGACGGGUGUGGGCUCGCUGGCCGUGCACCAAUACACAGGGACGCUGGGCAACAAGAUGUGGGAGAGAGUUGGGGAGCAAGACGACAUCUGGCACCGCGCCACCGUCACGCUGCUCAGCAGCAUUUCAUUUUUUCCGGCAUUUGUGGGAACUGUUGGGGACCCCAGCGGCAAUGGGGACAUCGCCAUAGACGAGAUUGAUCGCAAGGAUGGUGCCUGCCUGCCACCAGGUUAUUGUGAUUUCCAAGAGGAUCUGUGCGGCUGGUACAAUGAGCCGAAUGAUGACCAACUGGACUUUGAACGCAGCAGCGGCGCCACCCAGAGCUACAACACCGGGCCGUCCUAUGACCACACUUACGGAACUCAGAAUGGCUAUUACGUCUUCCUGGAGACCUCUUGGGCGACCAAGGGUGACGAGGCCUGGCUGGUGAGUGAACACUUCCAACCAUCCACCACCGGCGACUGCCUCACCCUCUGGUAUCACAUGUACGGACAAGGCGUGGACAAGAUGCAGGUGGCCCAGAUGGACCCCACGACCAAGACCAAGACAGUCAAGCAGACAGUCAACGGCAACCAGGGUGAUGCCUGGCACGAGCUGCAGGUUGACCUGAGCAGUCCUACAGCCAGCUACCAGAUCGUCAUCAUCGCGGUGGUGGGUAAAAACUACACCAGCGAUAUCGCAGUAGACGAUCUCCACUGGACCACUGGCAAAUGCGGAACGCCAAAACUCCAGGACUGCGAUUUUGAGCUCAACCUUUGCGGUUACAGCCAGGCGACAGACGACGAUUUCGACUGGACGAGAGCGCAAGGGUCAACGACCUCCAGCCAGACAGGGCCACCCACGGACCACACUUUUGGCACCGAUCAAGGCUACUAUGUGUACAUCGAGGACAGCGGCCAGCCCUACGACGACAAGGCCCGGCUACUCAGCCCCCUGGUGGAUAACAGCCACAAGUCCUGCAUCAGCUUCUACUACCACAUGUUCGGCUCGGACAUCCAGACCCUCAACGUCUAUGUCCAGCCCCAGGGCGGGGUCCUAUCACAGCCCAUCUGGACCCGCUCUGGCACCCUGGACGACAGGUGGUACCUGGGCCAGUUUGAGGCCGCAUUCUCGUCACCGUAUCAGAUUGUUUAUGAAGGAGUUGCCAGCUAUAGUUACCAGGGAGACAUUGCCCUCGACGACUUGAAAAUAACUGACGGCAAUUGUAAGGGCACUACUCGCUGCACGUUUGAAGACACCACGCUCUGCAGCUACAUUCAGGAGACCAGCGAUGACUUUGAUUGGAUUGUCUCCCACGGACCCACCCCAACCAAGAACACAGGGCCCUCAGUAGACGUGACCCUUGGCACCAGCUCGGGUAAGAGUGACUCUGUGAUCUUUCACCUCUUGAUCAAGUUGAUGGACGCUACAUGUACGCUGAAGCAGACCAGAGGUCAGUCGGUGACCAGGCUGCCCUUCUGA